AUGCCAACCCCGAACAUCUCCACUUCUGCAGCCAAAGGCUUCCGCAGAGCAGUGUCGGAGCUGGACUCCAAGCAAGCUGAAGCCAUCAUGUCUCCACGGUUCAUUGGUAGACGUCAAAGCCUCAUUGAAGAUGCCAGGAAGGAAAGAGAGGCUGCAGCUGCAGCUGCUGCAGAGUCUACAGAGACCAUUGUCUUUGAGGAGAAGGAUGGGAGAGCCAUGCUGAACCUCUUCUUCAUGCUCAAGGGAGCCAAGACUUCACCACUGUCCCGUGCACUUAAGGUUUUUGAGACAUUUGAGGCUAAAAUUCACCACCUGGAGACCAGGCUUAGCCGAAAGGCCCGUGAAGAGACUGCUGAACUGGAGUACUUUGUGCGCUGUGAAGUCCAUAGCUCUGACCUCAAUACUUUCAUUAGCUCCAUCAAGAGGGUAACAGAAGACGUGAGAACCACUAAGGAAGAUAAGUUUCACUGGUUUCCCAGAAAAAUCUGUGAAUUGGACAAGUGCCACCAUUUGGUCACCAAAUUUGAACCUGACUUGGAUCUGGAUCACCCGGGCUACUCUGACCAAGUAUAUCGCCAGAGAAGGAAAUCAAUAGCAGAAAUUGCUUUUCACUAUAAGCACGGGGACCCGAUCCCUCAUGUGGAGUACACGGCGGAGGAGAUUGCUACCUGGAAGGAGGUGUACAGCACCCUGAAGAGCCUGUACCCCACCCAUGCCUGCAAGGAGUACCUUGAAGCUUUCAAUCUACUGGAGAAAUUCUGCGGCUACAAUGAGAACAACAUCCCUCAGCUGGAGGAGGUCUCCUGCUUCCUGAAAGAGAGGACCGGCUUCCAGCUCCGGCCGGUGGCUGGCUUGCUGUCAGCACGGGACUUCCUCGCCAGCCUGGCCUUCCGCGUCUUCCAGUGCACGCAGUACAUCCGCCACUCGUCCUCGGCCCUGCACUCCCCCGAGCCGGAUUGCUGUCAUGAACUGCUGGGGCACGUCCCAAUGCUGGCCGACAAGACGUUUGCCCAGUUCUCCCAGGACAUUGGGCUGGCGUCUCUGGGAGCAACUGAUGAAGAAAUUGAGAAACUUGCAACACUUUACUGGUUUACGGUGGAGUUUGGGCUCUGCAGACAGAACGGGAUAGUCAAAGCUUACGGAGCCGGGCUCCUGUCUUCCUAUGGGGAGCUCAUACACUCCUUGUCAGAUGAACCAGAGGUGCGAGACUUUGAUCCUGAUGCUGCUGCUGUUCAGCCCUACCAGGACCAGAACUACCAGCCUGUUUAUUUUGUGUCUGAGAGCUUCAGCGAUGCCAAAAGUAAACUGAGGAGCUAUGCAGCACACAUCAAGCGGCCGUUCUUGGUGAAAUAUGAGCCCUACACCCACAGUGUCGAGCUCCUGGACAGCCCUCAGACGAUCUCUCACUCCCUGGAGAGCGUAAGGGAUGAGCUUCACUCACUGAUUAACGCACUCAAUGUUAUCAGUUAA